AUGGUAUUUAAAAGUUUGAUAAAAGUUAUAGUGGCAUCAGCAGGUGCUGUUAGCAAAGCACUAGGAAGAGCUGUAAAAGAAGAAAUAAAAUAUACUCAACAAGCAUCAGAAAGAAUUCGUCAAUCACAAAAUACAUCUAGUAAUAAGAAUGAAAAUACUACUUCAAAAUUAGGUAUAUCUUUACAUGAAUCUUGCCAAAUAUUAAAUGUAAAAGAACCUUUUGAUCCAAAAGUUAUAGAAGAAAGAUAUAAAAAAUUAUUUGAAGUUAAUGAUAAAUCAAAUGGAGGAUCAUUGUAUUUACAGUCUAAAGUUUUCAGGGCUAAAGAACGUAUAGAUGAAGAGCUAGCUAUGAGAGCUGAACGGGAGUCAAAUAAUGAAAAAAAUAAAAAGGAAGAUUUAUAA